UCAUCUGGCAGCCCAAUUCUGUAACAUGUGUGUUGUUUAUACGGUGACUUCCAUGGACACACGACACAAAGGGAUAUGACAAUUCUACUCAUCACAAGAGAGGAGAAAAUUAAACUACUAAUAUAAUGGAAGUGCGGACUAGAAGGAAGCUACAAAUGGCAGUGUCAUUUUCCAAUCAAGCAGAAAGUGUCCGUAUGAUUUGUGGAUGUAAAGCAAAGUGAAUUAGCCCGCCAAGCUAAAGCAAAGACGCCCACGGUUAAUUAGGAUAAAACCGGCCACCCGCCUGCUCCCACUCCAACCAUCUCCCUUCUCCUCUCCGCUCCCUUCACCCCGAAGCUGCCUGCAGCUAUCGCCGCGGCCGCCGCUCGCCAGCCGCCACGUCCAGCCUAUAAAUCCUCCGUCUCGCCGUAUCUCUCCUCAGAUCACAAACCGCUGCCGAAACUACUCGUCCUCACGCGCACGCGCUUGAACUUCUUCUUUCUUCUAGCUUCUUGCUUGAACCAAGAGACCGAGAGCAGAGCCAGCCAGCAGGCAAGAACCUGUCCGAGCCCAUGUCUGUGCAAGUGGCUUCGCCGGCGAUGGCGGCGGAGAAGACUUUGGCGACGACGGCGUGGUCGUACCCGUACGUGGAGUACAUGGCGCAGUGGGAGCGGCAGGUGGAGCGGCGGCAGCUGUUCCUCCGGAGCUACCACUUCUCCCGCGACGCCGAGGUCUCGCCGCGCGUCCGCACGCGCCGCGUCGUCUGGGCCGGGGCGCGACGCCUGCGCCGCUCCGCCGCCAAGGGGCUCCGACGUCUUCGCGCGCGCAUCCGCGUCUGCUUCGGCUGGGCCGCUCCGGCGCUCCGCCGACGCUCCACCCCACGCCGGGGCGGCGUCCACGGGUUCCGCUACGGCCGCCUCCCCCGGAAGGCGCCGCCGGCCGCGAGCGGCGCGUCCGUCUGCUUCUGGUAACCACUAGCCAGGUCGCGAGCGGCGGCGUGGACAGCUAGGAUAGAAUCAUACUAGAAAGAAAGCGAACACGGCAGCACACUUGUUGGCUUCUACUGUAUGCAUGUCCCACUUUGGGACGCUGUGAACAUCACUGAUAGUCUACCAUUUUUGUUUCUUUGGCGCAUGGAGUUACAGCUAGUUCAGUAUACAAUCUAGUGUGCCAAGGACAAGUGAGAUUCAGUUGUGCUAACUGCAUUUGUAGAAGCUGGGUUCCACUAACAUGUAAAGAUUUUUGUUUA